ACAAAUGGCAACGCUGCUUUGUUUAGGUUCGGAUUCUUUCAAAGAAACUAUUUCUACCGCCCACCUCGUAAUAUAAUAUAUGUUCACGUUAACAGCAAAUUAAAUUUUUAAGUUCUAUCCAAUCGCAUUUUUACUAACACUGAAACUAAAUGAGUUAUUCACAUGCCGACGAAAUCGACCACACAGUGCCGUACGAAGAUGAAACAGAAGUAACGACUCAAAAAGAAAAACCCCGUAAUCUGAUUGCCUACUGGCUUUUGGGCCUUUGCAACAAUUAUGCAUAUGUCAUUAUGCUGAGUGCUGCCCAUGAUAUUCUCAGUGAAGAUUUUCAAGGAAAUAGCACAAAUCCUACACCAAGUCCAAUAGUUAAUAAUAAUUCAAGGGACUGCAACCCAGUUUCAACUGGUGCCAUUUUACUUGCAGAUGUCCUACCAAGUCUAGCUAUGAAGCUUACGAUGCCUUUUCUCCUAACUCAUGUCAGGUUGAGAGUUCUAAUUGUGAUAGCAUUGAGCAGUGCAAGUUUUCUGUUGGUUUCAUUCAGCACUGCUCAGUGGCAAGCAUUUUUGGGUGUUGUGUUUGCCGCAAUUAGUGGUGGACUUGGGGAGGUUACCUUUCUCCAAUAUUCAUCAAAAUAUGACAAGAACGUAGUCUCCACCUGGUCAUCCGGUACUGGCGGGUCAGGACUUUUUGGGGCAUUAUCAUUUGCUGCUUUAACUACCGCCGGCCUUAGUGCACGAAAGACAGUUCUAUUGAUGUUAGUAGUACCGGCAUUAAUGGCAAUCACGUUUUUCUUCAUACUUGACCAUGCAAAACGGCGCAUAAAAUCACGUGACAAUAGUGAUUCCGAACCUUUGAUAGAAGAGAGUCAAUCUGGUGUUAAGGAGCACACUCCGCCAAUCAGUAUGCGAUCCAAAUGUCGAAUGCUUCCGCGAAUGGCUCGCUUUAUUAUUCCUUUGGGAUUGGUUUAUCUGUUUGAAUAUUUUAUCAACCAAGGAGUGUUUGAGUUGAUAUAUUUCAAAGGCAUAUGGCUGGAUCACCAUAGCCAAUAUAGAUGGCUACAAGUGGAUUAUCAGCUUGGAGUUUUUCUGUCCCGUUCCUCCGUCAAUUUGUUUCGGGUAAACGCCAUUUGGCUUUUAGCUGUUUUACAGUUUGUAAAUGUGAUUCUCCUGACCACCGAAGCAAUUUUCUUGUACAUUCCUUCCAUAUGGGUCGUCUUUACAAUUGUUUUUUGGGAAGGACUCUUGGCCGGCGCCGCCUAUGUAAAUACAUUUUAUCGGGUAGCCCAUGAGACCAUUCCUCAAGAAAAGGCAUUUGCGAUGGGAAUCACCUCGCUCGCUGGCAGCGUCGGAGUCUCAACCGCUGGAGCCUUGGCUGUUCCCUUCCAUCAAUAUCUGUGCUCGCUUCCGCUAAUCAAUCGCAUUAGUAAAUGGUGAACAAAGCUUUGCUUUUUAUGAUGUAUUGUUCAGCUCUUUUGAUGCACGUGAUAAAAGGCAAAUUAAUUUGAAUUUCAUUUAUUUUCAAAAUGCAGAGCUUUUGUCGUACCGCAAUAAAGUCUUUCACCCAGUAAUCAAAAUGCGUGGCAAAAAUAUACCAGUUCAACGGGA